GGCCGCGGUUCAACACCCCCAAGCAAUACCUGCGUUUCAGGGUUCCUCCCUGGGAGACUGCAGCCUGUCAGCAUGGCUCAAGAGUUUGUCAACUGCAAAAUCCAGCCUGGGAAGGUGGUUGUGUUCAUCAAGCCCACCUGCCCCUACUGCAGGAGGACCCAGGAGAUCCUCAGUGAGUUGCCCAUCAAACAAGGGCUUCUGGAAUUUGUUGAUAUCACAACCACCAACAACAUGAACGAGAUUCAAGAUUAUUUGCAGCAGCUCACGGGAGCAAGGACGGUGCCUCGAGUCUUCAUCGGUAAAGAUUGCAUAGGCGGCUGCACUGACCUUGUGAACAUGCAGCAGAGCGGGGAGCUGCUGACACGGCUGAAGCAGAUCGGAGCACUGCAGUAAUCACAGAACAGACCCCAUAUUGACAUCCUCCCUCAAGAGCUGGAUGACAACAGAUGAUGACUGGAGGAAUUUGGGACACAAAGAGCUUUUUUCUUCAUUUGGCUCAGUAUUGAAAAGUGAAUCAACUUGCCCUUAGCCACAGGGCCAAGAAGGUUGAUGGACCAUCUUGGUUUUCUUCUGGAUUUAUCCUUUGCGUUUCACUCACUGACCCAAAAGUUGUUCUUUUUCCUUGGCACGUGUCUCUUGCUAACCAUUCUCCAGGUGCUGGCAUGCCUCUACCUCUAAGCUAGUGCUUUUCAACCAUGUUCAUCCAGACAUCCCCCUACCCCAGGAUGGAUUUACAGUUGAUCUUCUGCACCUGCCAGUCUGAUGAAAUUAUUUUGCUGCUUGACCCUGUGGAAUUUGUAUUAUGAAAUCAGUGGGUAUUUUGAAUGUGUUUUUCAAACUGUCUGUAUCUUCCCAGUCAACCCUAUCCCAUCCCAACCCACCUUGAGAAUCAUUUCUCUGUACCAGUGUUCUUGACCUUGCUGUCUGAAAGAUCACGUGGGAAAUGAUCAACAAUCCCAUGAAAGGUCUAAGGGCCCAAAUUAAGAAAGUAUAUGGAGAGUUAAGCACGGUUAGUCUUCACCAGGGGUCACGUGGGUCAGAGGCACAAGUUCAGAGGCUGCGACCGGGCAUGGUGGCUCAUGCCUCUAAUCCUAGCACUUUAGGAGGCUGAGGUGGGAGGAUUGCUUGACCCCAAGCAUUCAAGACCAGCCUGGGCAACAUAACAAGACCUUAUCUCUACAAAAAAUAAAAACAAAUACAGAUGCUGCAGUCAUGUGGCAACACUGUUAUUUAAGAUGGUUCUCCGGGUCAUCCUGAACAACCAUGUAUGAAUUUGAUGUAGAUUACCAGCAAAAUUAAGGCAUAAGAUGCAAAACAUUAUCAUAGGAAACUUGCCUUCCCAAGAGUGUAUCUGGGAGAACUCCAAAACUUAAGUAUCCCUUAUCAUGAAUUUUGUCUGCUCUAGAAUUGUAAAAUUGUUAAUUUCCUCCUUCGGUCUCUAGUGAGAAUGGUUCACUUAUUUUCUAAUAAAGAAGUACCUAUCAAUGAC